GCAGCAGUGAAGGCGUCGGCGUCGCCGUCGGCGGUAGCAGCAGCGGCGGCCGGUGUAGCCAUGACUGGGGCGAAGGGGCUCAUGGUUGACGUCAGCUGGAAGGUCCUGGAGCGGAGGGCCCGCUCCAAGCGUUCAGUUUAACCUGCGACAUAAAUGAUUAGAGGGAACGGUUUGAAAUGGACGCGUCAGACGAUGCAACAAUCACCUCUGCCUGUGUUUUCUUAAGGUCUGGCUCGGUUUAUGAACCUCUUAAAAGCAUUGACCUUCCAAGACCUGACAACGAAACUCUGUGGGAUAAAUUGGAUCGUUAUUACAGAAUUGUCAAAUCAACAGUGCUGCUGUAUCAAAGUCCAACCACUGGCCUCUUCCCCACAAAAACUUGCGGUGAUGACCAGAAGGCCAAGGUUCAAGACAGCCUUUACUGUGCUGCUAGUGCCUGGGCAUUAGCACUUGCAUAUAGGCGCAUUGAUGAUGACAAGGGAAGGACCCAUGAGCUGGAGCAUUCAGCUAUAAAAUGUAUGAGAGGAAUUCUCUACUGCUACAUGCGCCAGGCUGAUAAGGUUCAGCAAUUUAAACAAGAUCCUCGCCCAACAACAUGCCUCCAUUCUAUUUUCAAUGUACACACAGGAGAUGAAGUCUUUUCCUAUGAGGAAUAUGGUCAUCUUCAGAUAAAUGCUGUGUCCUUGUACCUUCUUUACCUUGUGGAAAUGAUUUCCUCAGGACUGCAGAUUAUCUACAACACUGAUGAGGUAGCCUUCAUUCAAAACCUGGUAUUUUGUGUAGAAAGAGUCUACCGUGUACCUGAUUUUGGUAUCUGGGAAAGAGGAAGCAAAUACAAUAAUGGUAGCACAGAGCUACAUUCGAGCUCUGUUGGCUUAGCAAAAGCAGUCCUAGAAGCAAUUAAUGGAUUCAACCUCUUUGGCAACCAGGGAUGUUCUUGGUCUGUUAUAUUUGUGGAUCUUGAUGCCCAUAAUCGAAACAGACAGACUCUGUGUUCACUGCUGCCAAGAGAAUCCAGAUCUCAUAAUACCGAUGCGGCACUGCUCCCCUGCAUUAGUUACCCUGCUUUUGCCCUUGAUGACGAUGCUCUUUUUAGUCAAACACUUGAUAAAAUUGUUAGAAAAUUAAAAGGAAAGUAUGGAUUCAAGCGUUUCUUGAGAGAUGGGUACAGAACUUCACUAGAAGAUCCAAACCGACGCUAUUAUAAGCCAGCUGAAAUUAAGCUCUUUGAUGGCAUUGAAUGUGAAUUUCCCAUUUUUUUCCUUUACAUGAUGAUUGAUGGAGUUUUUAGAGGAAAUCCUACCCAAGUAAAGGAAUACCAGGAUCUUCUGACUCCAGUCCUUCAUCAGACAACAGAAGGGUAUCCUGUUGUACCAAAGUAUUAUUAUGUGCCAGCUGACUUUGUGGAAUCUGAGAAGAAAAAUCCUGGUAGUCAGAAGAGAUUUCCUAGCAACUAUGGGCGUGAUGGAAAAUUUUUCCUUUGGGGACAAGCCCUUUAUGUCAUUGCAAAACUUCUAGCCUCUUUUGCUGGAUCUUCAUCCAGCUGUCCCCCAUGCCUGGAACACUCUCCUCUGCUUCAACUACUGAUGUACCUGGCUUCCUCUGAUGACUUAAUAAGUCCCAAAGAUAUUGAUCCAAUCCAGAGGUACAUCCCUGUACAGGAUCAGCGGAAUAUUAGCAUGAGAUUCUCUAAUCAGGGUCCAUUAGAAAAUGACUUGGUGGUUCAUGUAGCCCUGGUAGCAGAAAGCCAACGCCUACAAGUUUUUCUCAACACAUACGGUAUCCAAACACAAACUCCACAGCAGGUCGAGCCCAUUCAGAUAUGGCCUCAACAGGAACUUGUGAAGGCUUAUUUCCAUCUGGGCAUCAAUGAAAAGUUAGGACUGUCUGGAAGACCGGACAGGCCAAUCGGCUGCCUUGGCACUUCAAAGAUUUAUCGAAUCCUAGGCAAGACUGUGGUCUGUUACCCCAUCAUCUUUGACCUUAGUGAUUUUUACAUGUCUCAGGAUGUGUUAUUGCUGAUUGAUGACAUUAAGAAUGCUUUGCAGUUUAUUAAACAGUAUUGGAAGAUGCAUGGCCGUCCACUGUUUCUUGUUCUCAUUCGCGAGGACAAUAUAAGAGGCAGCCGGUUCAACCCUAUAUUGGAUAUGCUGGCAUCCUUUAAAAAAGGAAUGGUUGGGGGAGUGAAGGUUCAUGUCGAUCGACUGCAGACAUUGAUAUCGGGAGCUGUCGUUGAACAACUUGACUUCCUAAGAAUCAGUGACACAGAAGAGCUUCCAGAAUUUAAGAGUUUUGAAGAGCUAGAACUCCCCAAACAUUCUAAAGUCAAACGACAAACCAGUACUCCCAAUGCUCCUGAACUGGAACAGCAGCCAGACAUAUCAGUUGUGGAGUGGAAAAACAAGCCAACCCAUGACAUUCUUCAAAAACUAAAUGACUGCAGUUGUCUGGCAAGCCAAGCUAUCCUAUUGGGCAUACUGCUUAAAAGAGAAGGUCCUAAUUUCAUCACUAAAGAAGGUACUGUUUCUGAUCAUAUGGAGAGAGUCUAUAGAAGAGCCGGCAGCAAAAAACUUUGGUCGGUUGUGCGCUGCGCAGCGAGUCUUUUAAAUAAAGUAGUGGACAGCCUUGCACCUUCAAUUACUAAUGUGUUAGUUCAGGGCAAACAGGUAACUCUGGGGGCCUUUGGGCAUGAAGAAGAGGUGAUCUCUAAUCCUUUGUCUCCAGGAGUGAUUAAGAAUAUUAUCUAUUAUAAGUGUAAUACACAUGAUGAAAGGGAAGCUGUCGUUCAGCAGGAACUCGUCAUUCAUAUUGGCUGGAUCAUAUCUAAUAAUCCUGAACUAUUUAGUGGUAUGCUGAAGAUACGGAUUGGGUGGAUUAUCCAUGCUAUGAAGUAUGAACUACAGAUUCGUGGAGGGGGCCUGCCAGCUUUGGACUUAUACCAACUGUCACCUAGUGAAGUUAAACAACUUCUCUUAGAUAUUCUCCAGCCUCAGCAGAAUGGAAGAUGUUGGCUGAACAGGCGUCAAAUCGAUGGAUCCCUAAAUAGAACACCCAUGGGCUUCUAUGACAGGGUGUGGCAGAUCCUGGAGAGAACACCCAAUGGUAUCAUCGUAGCUGGAAAGCAUUUGCCCCAGCAACCAACCCUGUCAGAUAUGACCAUGUAUGAAAUGAAUUUCUCCCUCCUUGUUGAAGACAUGUUGGGAAAUAUUGACCAGCCUGAAUACAGACAAAUCAUUGUAGAGCUAUUAAUGGUUGUAUCAAUUGUACUGGAAAGAAACCCUGAAUUAGAAUUUCAAGAUAAAGUGGAUCUGGACAAAUUAGUUAAAGAAGCAUUUAAUGAUUUUCAGAAAGACCAGAGCAUACUAAAGGAAGCUGAAAAACAGGAUGAUAUGACUUCCUUUUACAACACUCCACCACUGGGAAAAAGAGGAACAUGCAGUUACUUGACAAAAGUCGUAAUGAACCUGUUGCUGGAAGGGGAAGUCAAGCCAAGCAGUGAUGACCCCUGUAUAGUUAGCUAACAAGGAGAGUAGAUGGUACUUUGUUUAGCUAGAUCCCAUUUUUCAGCGUUAGCUUGGACAGACAUGUUUGCUUUGAAGCUUACCCCCAGACAGUUAUGUAUCUGUUCAUUUACUGCUGGUGAGAUCUUUACCAUAGCACCACAUGAAUUAUUUGGAAUACUGCAUGGAACUCCUAGUUAAUUUUAUAGUUAAAUGCUUUUAACCAACAAAAAUAUUCUUGAGCCCUUCAUAACAAGUCAUGUUCACUGAAUGGCAGAAACUGUGUAGUUUGAAGAUUAAACUCUGUAUAUCGCAUGAGUAUACAAUUAAUGAAAAUGAAACUUUGAUAUUAUAUUAAGUUCCCUGAGCCUAUGGCCAUAAUUAAGUGUUGUGUUUGUGUGGAUAUGUAAAAAAUGUGUGAGAAUGAUAAACUUUUCUUUUACCCAUGAUCAUUAUCAUGUUAGGUAUUAAUAUAAAUUUAAAAUCAGAGUUAACAAUAUCUUGGUGUCAAAGACAAAAUCAUUAAUCAUGUGUGAAGUAUACAGAACUAUUGUAAAAUUUUUACUUUGUGAAAAUGAAGGUGGUUUCAUAUUUGUAUUCCCUAAACCUAGGGGAAAGAGUUAAACACAAAGUAAUAAUGAAUCAGUACUUUCUAAAAUAUUCUCUUUAAGUUUCAAUUAUAUUUAGGACUUUUGUGGAGUUGCUCAGAAGUUUGUUUAAUUAUGGGACUCUAUACCCAGUGUAUACUGGUUAAAAAUUAAUCAAAACUCAUUAAAAUAAUUUUUGUGUUUAAUAAAUUA